UGUAGAAAUCACAUUACGCAAUAAUGAAACACAUUAUCAUUAUAAAAAUGAAUUAUCAUUAUAAAAAUGUUUUAUAAAGAAGUGUUUUGUCAGAUAAGAUUUCUUCGCGAUUAUUAGCAGUGGAACAAAAACAGAUUAUUAAUUGCUUGUGUUGUUAUUCAACUGAUAUAAUCCAUUCCUAGAUAGAGGAUGGAAGAAACUAAAAAAAUUGUUGACAUUAUCUAAUGAAUCUGCCAAUAUUGUUCUAGUAGUUUAACAGUUCAAAGUGCAUAUUUUGUUCACAUAGAAGCGCUGGUGAACGGAAACAGAAAUCAAAGUUCCUUAUAACAAGAAUUAAAAUUGUCACCAUAUAAUGUUAAUAUUAUGUUAUUUUUGUAUAUUAUAUACAUUAUGUUGUCAAACUAAUGUUAAAACUAAUUUGGUAAUGCUGAUUUUAUUAUAUUUAGGUUAAUUCUACUGAUGCAGACAAUGUAGAAAAUAGAAAUAAUCAUAAAUAUCAAUAUCAUCACAAAUAAUAAUUUAAUAAUAUACAUAUAUGUAUAACAUUUUUAACAUGUAUAAAAUAUAAGGCUAUUGAACAGCAUACCUAUAUAGCACUGUUGUAUUAUUUAUUACUUCUUUUAUUAAAUGUUAUAUUCAAAAUUCGCGGGUACAUGGAUGUUACAUAUGGAAGAUUCAGGCCAAGGUCUGUAGAUGAACAAUGGGAGAGAAAGGAAGGUCUUCACAUGAGUGCCAUUUUGGGCACAAAGUGUAUAUGUGAGUGUGUGUUGUACGAAAAGAGUGAGCAGUAGUAAAAGUGAAAGAUGGGGAAGGUAGAGGAAGGUGGAAUCACAAUGUAUUGUAGGGGCCUGGCCAUGUUGGGGCCAAAUGUGUAAAUAUGAAUGUGAAGACCUUCCUUCCCCUCCAGUCGUUCAUCUACAGACAGAUUCAGGGAUGUCUGAGAAUACUUACAACAAGGAGCGAUGGCAGCUCCUUCAUAGUCUUCGAUCCACUGUAGAGGGUCUGGUGAUCGAUGGAGUGCCUAAUGUAUGGAACAUUUAUGGUGGCCUAAAUCGACUGCACAGCAUAAUGGAGCAGAUAUUCAAGCACGGCUGUCGUAUAUUUGAUCCUAAUGGUGAACCCGAUUGCUGGAUAUUUAUUCAAGGACUAAAUUGGCUUCAACCGUCUCUGGCGACAUCACCAAUAUUGUCGGAAAAUGAGGAUUAUUUAUGCAAUUUGCCAGUUAGGAUAACAUCCAAAAAGGAUAUGCUAUGGCUCUACAAAAAUUUAGAGAGCCAUUCCCUAUCGCACAAGUUAUCAUGGCUUCUAUCAGAUAAAGAACAUUUGCUUUCUUGUCUGGAACCAUGGGCCUUCCUUUGUCAAGAGAACUUGGCAGAAGCAACACUUUUGUAUCUAAGAGCGGUCGAGAGGAACCAGCCUGUGCUACUCGCGGAAAUUGAUCCCUGCUUAUUUUUGCCAACAUGGAUAUCUCCCAAAGCGAGUCCCAGGCGACAUCGUCGCUCAUCCUCGUAUCCGGUAAACUUUUCUAGCAUUAAUCACGUCUUCACGCGGGACAAGAGUACAAAUGUCCUCAGCAGAUAUCAAUUGGACAAACUGAAGGCUUCGACGCAGUCUGUGUCGCGUGACAUAGAUAGUGCUGAGAAUCAGAUGUCAAAAUCUGAACAAGUUAUCAUUGAUAAUGACGCACAAAGGGACGCACAUUCUGAGGUCGACGAUGUACCUCUGAAAACGUGGAAUAGUCUGCCUGCUUUAGUCAAGAGUCACAGUAACGCAGUCAUGGAAAAUUCAGCUACGAUCUCGUCGACAAUUCAAGAAUGUAGCAAUAGUAACAGUAGCAAUAACCGACCUCGUACCAUUGAAUUGGCGGAGAUUAUUAAUAUUAAUUACUCAGAUUCAAAACCUGUUGAUUCGAACGUGGACAAACUUAUAGCGAAGCCGAAGACACCCAUUAGAAAGACAAGAAAUCGAACGAAAGGUAGACAUCGGAAUAAAAAGCAAGAACGUUCUGAAAACCUGCAGGCUUCUUUAAACGUUCACGAGAGCACCAGGAACGCAAUCGAGGAGACACAACCAAUCACGAUUUCAGAAUCGGCGGAGAUGAAGACGUUGAAUCAAUGGACGACGCGCAAAAAGACAUCUUUUCUGGUUGGCUCGGCACCUGAGUUCACAGGCUCUUGGAGUUCAGAAGUGGAAGGCCAGAAGGACAUUCGUACACCGCGAAAAAGUUUCAUGGAGGACGGCGGCAGUAGCGUACAGCCAAUGGCGACCGGUUAUUUCCCGCGCCCUGCUGAAGGCCAGAGUUUGACGAGCUUUUUGUCUUCGGCGCGGUUUUCACGUGCUCAUGAUGCCGAGCUGGAUCGCGAGAACGCGCACUUCAGCGUCUGUGAGGCGAUGAUUGCCGCCAUCGAACAGGUCAAAUGCAACCGUUUGCAGCGGCGUCUGCUGGAUGAAGUGGUCGAUGACGAGAGCGACGAAGAGAUUAACCGGCUAAAGCAACGAAUUCGUCUGCGACGUCGGCAACGCCAGGAGGAGAAGUGUCGAGGCAGAGGCUGGAGCCGUGGUGAUCUGUUGAGCGACGGCAGGACCGACACGACCACAACCACCGAUCAGAGCGUCAGCCCUUUGUCUACGUCCUCGGAUAGCUCCUCGGACAACAUGUCCAUGGAGGACUCCGAGUUGGAUGAUGAGCGGAGGUUGAGGACGAACGGUGGCAUGUCCGCGUCGACCGCGUCGUUCUCGGAUGCGGAAUCGCGUGCGGCGAGAUUUGCCACAGACUCCAAUGUGAGCGAGAGCAGUGUGUCUGCUGAAGGGGUAGCUCUCUCCCUCAUCAGUCGUUUCAGCGAGAAGCAACUGCCGAGGGCGAGCGAGCUGCAAUGGCUGGUCUCGGAAAAGGACGCGCCUCAGCGUUUACUACCGAUGCCGAAGAGCUGGCCGGUCAGUCCCGACGAGAUCGAGAGUGAAGACGCGCGGACUAUUCCGCUGAGGGGGACAGUUGAAUGGGCUCCGCCGCGCCCACAGAUCAUCUUCACACCCCAUCCACCACCAGUAAGACGAAUGCUAAUAGCGAAACAGAAUUAUAGGUGCGCAGGUUGUGGUAUGAAGGUUGCUGUGAAAUAUGCUAAUCGGUUUCGAUAUUGCGAGUAUCUGGGUCGAUAUUUCUGUACGGGGUGUCACACGAACCAAGUAGCGUUUAUACCAGGAAAAAUUCUAUCAAAAUGGGAUUUCAAUCGAUAUCCCGUAUCGAAUUUCUCAUAUCGAUUGUUGGAUCAGAUGAUGUCAGACCCGCUGUUUCAAGUGAAUGACUUGAAUCCGCUAUUAUACAGACGAAUAAAACAAUUGGACAAGACAAGACUCCUGCGCACAAAAUUAUUUUUUCUCAAGGAUUUCUUAUAUACAUGUCGAUUCGCGAUCAGUCUUCAAGAUGUGCUAAAAAAAGAGUCAAAUUACAUAAUAAACGAGCCACAUGUGUAUUCUAUUCAAGACCUGAUAAAUGUCAAGCUCGGUGUGCUAUACGUCAGACUGCAGGAGCUCGUUCAAAUUUGUUGUGCACAUAUAGUAGAUUGCGAGUUAUGCCAAGCUAGAGGAUUCGUCUGCGAACUAUGUUGUUCCAAAGACGUGAUAUUUCCAUGGGAUCUGUCGAAAGUAACACGAUGUGAAAAAUGCGGCGCAUGUUUCCACAUUGAUUGCAAACACAAUUCCAACAAGCUUGAAUGUCCUCGAUGUGCAAGAUUGCACGCAAGAAGAAUCUCAAGAGAUGAGAAGCCCUGACGAAUGAAGAAAGCGUUUUUUAUCGCGUUAUUUAAAGUGGGAUAUGUAUAUUAAACAUCUACUAUUCAAGCCUUAUGAGACAUAUCCCGGACAAUAAAAAAUUCGAAGAGA